ACGCUGCACGGUCGAGGCAGCGAAGAAGCGAGCGGACAAAAGGCGUGCUGUGCUGCUGGGAAACUCACUAAUGUGAUGAAUUAAUCAGCGACAAUAAUAAUAAUCAUUAUAAUUAUAGUUAUAAUAACAAUGUCUCGUUUUUCCGAUACCUCCAAUGCGGUUUAAGCAGAAAACUAGCUCGCGAGCCGGUGGAGGAGUGUUUGAUGGAGAGACUCGGAAAGAGGCGACGCGGCGGCGGAGGAAAAGUGCGAGGCGCCGAGCGCGUGAACACAAAACCAUCCGGAGAGGAAUAAACGCCUGAAGAGAGAGAGAGAGAGAGAGAAGGAGAAAUAGAGGAGAAGAAGGGGGGGGGAGGUAGAAAACGCCCUUCUCAACACCCCUCUCCAAAAAAGAGAAAAGAAAAAUCCCAACAUUGAGUUGUUUAUCAGGGGAACUUGAGCAUGGCGCGGCGGACUGAGUUGGGGUCCUGCCCGACUUUUCAAACUUAAUUGGAGGAGCAUUUCCGGUUGGAUUAAUCCACAUUUUUCCCCCUGGUGCUGGAGUGGGAGAUCCUAGAAAACCCUACAGGCCAAAGACGAGCUCCAUUUGUUGUUGUUGUUAUUAUUGUUAGUGUUUUUUGUUUUUUUUUUUGGUGUGUGUGUGUGCGUGUUUUUGUUUUAAUGCAAAGUCCUCGUGCAGGGAUCUGACCUUGUUUAGCAUAGUCUAAUCUGAGGAUAUGAUCUGAUGAUGUCUUCGGGAGCCGAAAGCAGGAUGGAGAAGCGGCUGAAGAAACUGGAGGCCAUGAUCAGAGACCCGCGCUCUGCCAUCAACCUGGAAAGUUUGCUGGAUGCCAUGAGCGCCGUGGUUUUAGAUCUGAACUUUCCCGCCUUACGCAAAAACAAGAACAUCGAGACCUUCUUGAACAGAUAUGAGGCAGUGAUGGGUGAGAUCAGAGAUCUGCAGAUGAAGCCGGAGGACUUCGACAAGGUGAAGGUGAUCGGCAGGGGAGCGUUCGGAGAGGUGCAACUGGUGAGACACAAGGCAUCUCAGAAGGUUUACGCCAUGAAGUUGCUGAGUAAAUUUGAGAUGAUCAAGCGCUCGGACUCUGCAUUUUUCUGGGAGGAGAGAGACAUCAUGGCGUUCGCACACAGUCCCUGGGUCGUACAGCUGUGCUGUGCGUUUCAGGACGACAGGUUCCUCUACAUGGUGAUGGAGUACAUGCCGGGCGGAGACCUCGUCAACCUCACUAGCACGUACGACGUUCCCGAGAAGUGGGCCAAGUUCUACACGGCGGAGGUAGUCAUGGCUCUGGACGCAAUCCACUCCAUGGGCUUCAUCCACCGAGACGUCAAGCCCGACAACAUGCUGCUGGACCACAACGGCCACCUCAAACUCGCCGACUUCGGCACCUGCAUGAAGAUGGAUUCGACAGGCAUGGUGCACUGUGACACGGCGGUGGGCACGCCCGACUACAUCUCACCCGAGGUGCUAAAAUCGCAGGGAGGAGACGGGUACUACGGGCGCGAGUGUGACUGGUGGUCUGUUGGAGUGUUUAUUUUUGAGAUGCUCGUAGGCGACACCCCGUUCUACGCCGACUCCCUGGUAGGGACCUACAGUAAAAUCAUGGACCAUAAGAACUCGCUCAACUUCCCCGACGACGUCGAGAUCUCGAAGGAGGCCAAAAAUAUCAUCUGUGCGUUCCUGACGGACAGGGAGGUGCGUUUGGGGCGGAAUGGCAUGGAGGAGAUUAAGAGACACCCGUUCUUCAAAAACGACCAGUGGACCUUCGACACCAUCCGAGACACCGCCGCCCCCGUCGUACCCGAGCUGAGCAGCGAUAUCGAUACGAGUAAUUUCGAUGACAUUGAGGAUGAUAAGGGCGACGUGGAGACGUUCCCUACACCUAAAGCCUUCGUAGGGAACCAGCUGCCCUUCGUCGGUUUCACGUAUUUCAAAGAAGACCAGUUGUUAAAUGCUUUCAACAGUUCAUCAGAACGUCCCGCUUCUGUCAAAGGAGAGGACAGUGUUGUGCUCCAGAAGAAGCUUCACUCUUUAGAGGAGCAGCUGAAUAACGAGAUGCAGGCCAAAGACGAGAUCGAGCACAAGUACAGGACGAGCUGCGCACGACUCGACAAGAUCGCCAAAGAGCUUGAGGAAGAGAUGAGCAGUAGGAAAGCUCUGGAGUCGUCCCUCAGACAGCUGGAGAGAGAAAAAGCUCUGCUGCAGCACAAAAGCGUCGAGAGUCACAGAAAGGCAGAGAGCGAGGCAGAUCGCAAACGCUGCCUCGAAAACGAAGUGAACAGUCUGAGGGAUCAGCUGGAGGAGAUGAAGAAGAGGAACCAAAACUCGCACAUUUCCAACGAGAAGAACAUCCACCUGCAGAAACAGCUGGACGAGGCGAACGCGUUGUUGCGGGCGGAGUCGGACGCUGCGGCUCGUCUGCGCAAGUCGCAGGUGGAGGGCAGCAAACAGCUGCAGCAGCUGGAGACGCACGUGAGAGAGCUGCAGGAUAAAUGCUGCCUGCUGGAGAGCAGCAAACUGACGAUGGAGAAAGACUUCAUCAGCCUGCAGGCGGCGCUGGACACUGAGAAACGAGAACACACACAGCGCUCCGAGACCAUCUCUGACCUGCAGGUGCGUCUGUCGGGUCUGCAGGACGAGGUGAAGCAGGCGAGACAGGCUCUGUCCAAAGCCGAGACGGAGAAGAGACAGUUGCAGGAGAAACUCACUGAUCUGGAGAAGGAGAAGAGCAACAAGGAGAUUGACAUGACGUACAAGCUGAAGGUCCUGCAGCAGAAUCUGGAGCAAGAGGAGGCGGCGCACAAAGCCACGAAGACCCGACUCGCCGACAAGAACAAGAUCAGCGAGUCCAUCGAGGGAGCGAAGUCCGAGGCGGUGAAGGAUCUGGAGCAGAAGCUGCAGGCCGAGCGUUCCUCAAAGCUGCAGGUGGAGAACCGGCUGCUGGAGCUGGAGAAACACAACUCCAUGUUGGACUGCGAUUACAAACAGGCGCUGCAUAAACUCGAUGAGCUGUGCAGACACAAGGACCAACUCACUGAGGAGGUGAAGAACCUGACUCUGAAGAUCGAGCAGGAGGUCCAGAAGCGCAGUCUGACCCAGAACGACUUGAAGGUACAGAACCAGCAGCUCAGCACCCUGAAGACAUCGGAGAAGCAGCUCAAACAGGAGAUAAAUCACCUGCUGGACAUCAAACGCAGCCUGGAGAAGCAGAUCAUGGAGCUCCGAAAGGAGCGUCACGAUUCUGACGGACAGAUGAAGGAGCUUCAGGAUCAGCUGGAGGCGGAACAGUAUUUCUCAACGCUGUACAAGACUCAAGUGCGGGAGUUAAAGGAGGAGUGUGAGGAGAGGAAUAAGCUUUAUAAAGACAUGCAACAGAAUCUGCAGGAGCUACAGGAGGAGAGGGACUCUCUGGCCGCUCAGUUGGAGAUCACCCUGACGAAGGCUGACUCGGAGCAGCUGGCUCGCUCCAUCGCUGAGGAACAGUACUCUGAUCUGGAGAAGGAGAAGAUCAUGAAGGAGCUGGAGAUUAAGGAGAUGAUGGCCAGGCACAGACAGGAACUCUCCGAGAAGGACACCACAAUCAGCUUGUUGGAGGAAGCUAACCGUAUGCUAACGAGUGACGUCGCGAACCUGGCUAACGAGAAGGAAGAGCUGAACAACAAGCUGAAGGAGGCACUGGAUGACAUGCAGAAGCUGAAAGAUGACGAACAGUCCAUCACACAGAUGAAGCUCGCUUAUGAGAAGCAGCUGCAGUCAGAGAGGACUCUCAAGACACAGGCUGUGAACAAGCUAGCUGAAAUCUUGAACAGGAAAGAAGUGCGUGGCAACGGAAGUCGCCGCGGAAACGACACGGACGUGAAGAGGAAGGAGAAAGAAAACAGGAAACUGCAGCUGGAGCUACGAUCCGAACGGGAGAAACUCAACAGCACCAUCAUCAAAUACCAACGAGAAAUCAACGAAAUGCAGGCGCAACUAACGGAGGAGUCGGUGAUGCGUGUGGAGCUGCAGAUGGCUCUGGACAGUAAAGACAGCGAUAUCGAGCAGCUCCGAGGCCUCCUCAAUUCCGUCAACGCGCACUCGCUCGACUCGGCCAGCAUGAGCAGCGGCCCCGAGUUCGAAACCGACGAAUCGCUGCCAGAGACGCGGUUGGAGGGCUGGCUGUCUCUCCCCGUGAGGAACAACACCAAGCGCUUCGGCUGGGAGAGAAAAUACGUCGUGGUGAGCAGCAAGAAGAUCCUCUUCUACAACAGCGAGCAGGAUAAAGAGCUCUCCAAUCCCUACAUGGUGCUGGAUAUAGAUAAACUCUUCCACGUUCGUUCGGUCACCCAGACGGAUGUGUACCGCGCAGACGCUAAAGAAAUCCCUCGAAUAUUUCAGAUCCUGUACGCCAACGAGGGUGAGAGUAAGAAAGAGCAGGAAGUGGAGCCGCUGCCCAUCGGAGAGAAGUCCAGCUACAUCUGCCACAAAGGUCACGAGUUCAUCCCGACGCUCUACCACUUCCCCACCAACUGCGAGGCCUGCACCAAACCGCUGUGGAACAUGUUCAAGCCGCCUCCCGCCCUCGAGUGCCGCCGCUGCCACAUCAAAUGCCACAAAGACCACAUGGAUAAGAAAGAGGAGGUGAUCGCGCCGUGUAGAGUGAACUACGACGUGUCCACGGCGAAGAACCUGCUGCUGUUGGCACAGUCUCAGGAGGAACAGCAGAAGUGGGUCAGCAGGCUGGUUAAGAAGAUCCCUAAAAAGCCUCCGGGCCCCGAGUGGAGCCACCGCUCGUCCCCUCGCGUCCCCACUAAAGUCCAGGCCAGCCAGUCGAUGAGGAGAACCAGCCGCCAGCUACAGGCCGGGAAAACCAGGACUGUGCAAAACUGCUCGGAGCCCACAGCGCCCCCUCCAGGCAGCGAGAAAUUCCUCCACUACAAGGGUCAUGAGUUUUUGCCCAUUUUCUACCACUUCCCUACGACGUGCGAAGCCUGCGCUAAGCCCCUGUGGAACGUGAUCAAGCCUCCCUUGGCGCUGGAGUGCAAACGGUGCCAGAUCAAGUGCCACAAAGACCACAUGGACAAGAAAGAGGAGGUUCUCGCGCCGUGUAACCGUGGCAGAUUCGACCCCCAGUUCGCCGCCGGGUGAUAACUAGCUGGGCGGGGACUUAACGUUUCUUCAUAGCGAGCGCUAACAAUUCGAAAAUGAACUGGAGCUCAAGUGGUCUUGCUCAUUUCUUGCGGUUUCAUUCAAACGCAUCUUUAACAACUGCACGGCGUUACGGCCGAAAAAGCCGUCCGUCCACUAAAAAAAAUAAAAUAAAAACGCCACGUUGUUUUGGCUCCAGUUCAUUUUUCAGACUGCUGAAACGGAGAACUCGUCGUCCAUGGCAUGCCUUCUGCCAACUAACAAACCUUUCUAUUCAACCCAGCAUCCAUAACGAAACGGGCUGAACAACACUCGCUAGCCAGAACCUUAUUUGAAGGCUGUGUCACACUAAUCCUAGGCUUAAAGUGUCAUAUUUUUUAACCAGAUUUCAUUUUGACGUUCCCAUACAGCCUUCAAAUGACGUGUGUUUAGUGAUCGGACUCGUCGCAUCGCUGGGUGUAGCGUUUUAGCUCUUUAGUUCUUGUCUGCAAUCUACAGAGGACUUGAAAUCUCAAUGCCGUUGCUCCCUUUUUAUGGUUCGGGUUAGUAAACCGUCGGGACGAUCGUUACCGCAUUAUCGAAAUUCAGAUAGCUAUUGUGGAAAUCGUUCACUAGUUCACGUACUCGAACGUGUCACGGGUACUUGGCAGUGGUUUAUUCCCGUGUACUCCAGUGUUCCAGCUGAAAGCCCUCUCUCAGCUGAACCUCAACGCUCUUCGCACUCUUUAUAAAGGUUUUAAAUGUUGGCCGUCGGGACGGGCGUUUCCCCCGCUGAAGAAAUGAAACGGUCUAGAUUUAUGAUCUAAAUGUCGAGUAGCCUGUACCAUUAUACAUUUUUCAAAAGGGGGGUGGAUUUCUACAGGGUCUUCCUGCUGUACUUCCUACAUUUCAGGAAAUGAAGUCUUCCAAUUUCAUCUUGUUUAGUAUUACGUAGCCGUGACGGUUAAUCACAUUUCAGAAAACGUCGGCCUGAACCAUCUGAGACUCUGGUGAGGGGUGGUGAUCCGUCUCUGUAGGCUAAAGCAUGGCACUCUUCCUCCCUUUUAGGCUUCUGGAUGUGGGUCUUGAAGACUGGCAUUGGACUUUGGAUGAGGUCCAUGAUGAUGAUGAUGAUGAUGUUGAGAAUGAAUUUAAUGUCUGAGGGAGCAUGCAGGGUUCGAAUCAUGGUAACUCCUGAGUGCAUGAUUGCGAGUAUGGGUUUGAAGUGGGUCUCAAUGACCGCUGAUGCUCAGCAGGAGACGGAGAACCCGGUCCGUCCCAAACAUCCUCUCUUUCAAGUCCAGUCGGACGAGACGCGCUCCAUUCGCAUUUCGCCGUCCGUCCCGUUUCCAGUUUUUGGUACUGACUAACGAAAGAGAGAAUGUUUACCAUUGGGGUGUUUGGCUUGUCUUUGUCUCCGCCCGCUUUUUGACCUUCUAACCUUUUCACCCCUCAGCCCGCCCAGGUCAGGAUCUCCAACUCGGGGAAGAGAGGACUCCGAGAGCAAUCUGAAAAAAUGACUCGCACGUUUUUGGUGUUUUCUUGUUUGUUUGUUUGUGUUGUUUUUCUUUUCUGUUUUACUUGAAUUCUUCUUCUUCUUUUUGCCAAACUUUUUAUUCAUCUAAUUACAAACCCAUGAUUACAGCUAGAGAAAUAACAUUCACAAUGUUGUUAAAAAAAAAAGAAAAAAGAAAAGAAAAGUAUUCUAUUGAUACAGCACCAUGAUUAGUUUUAGUAGUUUUGUUAUCUCAUGCAAUAAAAGUUUGCGAAAUGGAGUGUUUUGAGUGAUGAGUGCGUGCAUGGUGUGUCCUGUCGAUAUUAAACUUUUAUUGCCGUUUGUUCAAAUUUAACGCUGAACUGUUACUCACUCAGGACUUAGCGAAUUCCAUUUCGACGGGAUCUCUGUUGCUAAUUUUUCGUCCGUAGGAAAACUGAACACUUGGCAACAUUUUGUCCAAAAUAUCGUACACUAAAAGUUUGUGAAAACGCCGACACAAUAAAAACGGUGUUUUACGUUGUUUGGUACAGAAAUGCAGCAAAUUAGCAAUGUAACUUUAGGCUAACGUUGUGUGGUGACAUGCUAGGCUAGCGUUAAGUAGCACGCUGUCGUGCUUAAUGGUAAUCCGCUGAAUAUUUUCAAUAUCGUUUCAAUUCUGAUCCGGUUUCCUUGCCGUAAAGCUUUCUGUGCUAAGCGUUUACGUUCCGGAUAUGUUUAUUUUCCCGGACUUGCUUUAUUUGCUCAUGAUGCUAAUUUGCUGCCUUUCUGUAAGCAGCAGUUUUGGUUCAACUCCUAUCGUACUGCAGCUCCUUGAGCUCUAAGAGUUUAUUUCAGCUCUGCGCUACUCCGAGCGUGUUUGCCCACACUGUCGGAAGCACCCGGAGUACCGCCUACUAUAGAAAUGCUAAAAAUGUCAAAGUAGCGUGUUACAAUUGGGCUGAAGCAAAAUUAUGAACGUUUCUGUUACGUCGUAUAAGUACGAGGAGUGGCACAAGGCUCAUUUUAUUGCAUCCGUGUCACGUGUGCUUCUUUACUUUCCAGGUCAGUACGUUGAAGAUCAUCAUUAUUGGCACAAUAAUGACUAACUCUCUGUCUCUCUUUCUCUCUUUGUUUUUCUUUCCUCCCCUUCCUCUCUUUAGCUAACCUCACUUUGGGAAUGUGGUGUAACUUCGUGCUGAGGUUUGGGCUCUCCUGCUUUCACACCAAGAACUUAACAUUUUUGUAAUGUUUCAUCGAUCCAAACUAGCGAGAAAACGUUACGUUGCCGGGUUUCGAGCGUUGCCCUGUAGGGACGUCUGUGAGGUUUUCCAGGACCUUAAAAAAAUUUUUUUAAAAAAACCUGCAGAGAGAUGUUGGAAGAUGAGUCCCUCAGAGUCUUGGAUCUUCACCUUUUUUUUUCUUCACCAAACCAGAAUGCAAAGCACUCAGAUGGACUGAACCGGACCAAACGGACACACUACAAGAUCGUGGAGGAAUCUGUGCUAGUCAAGAUGUUCUUGGGAAGAAAAAAAAACAAAAAAACAAAGCAGUCUAUCCCCCCCCCCCCCACGUCCUGGAGAUAGGUGUGUGCCGAUAUUACAUGAUGAUGAACAUUUUAUCACGCUUUUACGAUAUCAUCACAAUGCAUCAGAGAAGGACUGAUUGUAUGGUAGCGAUGGUUUUAAACUUUCUUUGAAGUCUUAUUUAUAGGACCCAUGCGAUGUGUGCGAAAUGAGAACCUUAGAUUUUCAAAGGUACCCAUCUUGAAAAGGAACCGUGAUAGGCCUUGAGAUAGCUAAACGAAACAAGAAACAGAAUUGUAGGACCUUUAAGGGUUAUUUGGUUGUCCCUCUCAAAAGGGGUUUCAAGUAGAACCUUUUCGGCGAGCUGAGAAUCCUUAACGACAAAAAAUACAGAGCUUCAGGAGACCUUCGAAGGUAAACAUCUCAUGAGGUAGCAUUGUGACAGAUGGCACUCAGGUACCCUCUAAGAAACUUUCGGACGUUUAAGGGUUUGUCAGAUAUUCCUCAUGAGAAAACAGUUUCCCCGUCACAAGGAGUUCCAAGUGGAACCUUUUCAGCAAGCUAAGAAGCCUUAAUUAUCGAGAAUAAGGAGCUUUAGGGGACUUGCGACAGGUAACCAUCUGAUGGGGCAACACUGGUAAACCCUGGUGGAACCCUGGCAGCCACUCAUAGGUGCACGCUUAGAGAAAUAUUCUUUUGAAAUCUUCUCCACCGAACCUAUGAGAGUUACUCCCGAGGGACAAACUAAGAACCCUUAAGGGUUCUCCAUCUUCUAUCAGAGAUGGCCCCAAAAUCGGACCCUCUUCACAAGUUAAGAAGCCUUAAUUAUCGAGAAUAAUGAGCUUCAGGGGACUUUCAAAGGUAACCAUCUGAUGGGGCAACACUGUGACGGAGAAGGAACCCUGGCAGAACCCUUAAGGGUUCUUAGUUUAUCCCUCGGGAAGAACUCUUAUAGGUUCUGUGUAGAAGAUUAACAGACUAUCAGAAAAGUCCCCAAAUAGGACCUUCUUUCCAAGCUAAGAAACCUGAAUUACCAAGUAACCUCUGAAGAACCUUUUACGAAGCCUUUUUCCCCCUCACUAAGAGGGUAGUUCAUCAGGUAUCAUCUGAACAUCAAUCCAGAGCUUUUGUCUUGAGGAUAGAAUUGGGAUUGACUACUCCAAGAAGGAGCGCCUGCAACGCCGCUCUCAAAUUUGGCCAGAGUCAUUUCCAGAGUCAAUAUCUUGAGUGUGCGCAAAUCCAAAAGCCAUAUUUUGAAGAGAACAGUAUUGAUCAAGAUCAUGAUGUAUCGUAUGACCACUUCGGCCCAUGCCUAAUUUCAUCCAGUGUGUAGCUGGAAGCACAUUUUAUACUAAGCUCUAUUGACGAGCUUUUUCCAUCCGAUUCCAAGAUGGACCAGUCCGGUCUGUGCUGCAUGGCCACCAUAACUGUCUCCAGGACUGUGGUAUUUGGUACUUUAACACUACGUUAUCGGAUUGAGAAUCACCCCACACACACACACACACACACACACACAUACACAUAUUUGUUUAUUGAAAAUGGAAUAGUGUGGUUUCUCUGCACUACGACCAAGCCUUACAGUGUUAACCACACCUACUCUUAACGGAGGGUUAGACUACUUAAACCUGUUCUCAGGGCAGAAUGUUCGCCAGCGACAGCAGUGACUCCAAAGUCUUCAAAAUCCCACAUGCCGUGUUUUUGUUCCGUUUCAAUCUGCGUUAUUAGAUUAUCGUGAACAAUAAUAACAGCCGUAUAAUAGUUAGCUAUAAUAACAAACAGACGAGUUUUUUGCACAGUCGCUAUCCGUGAUCGUUUCAAGUGAGCGAAUUCGACUCCUCUGCGCCGACUUACUUUGUUGUUUUGAGUUCGCGGUUCAAUACACUUCUGCCCACGUUUAAUUUAUUUUAAGUAGGCGUAGGUGUAGCUCGAUCUCGAUUUGAAUAGACCAAUAAAAACCCCAGUGCUGACGCUUUAGUUACAGAUGUCCAUCCGUAGACGCACAAGACGCAGCGUCACAAACGCAAUCGUUUUAAUUCAAGCGAUCGCGAUAACUAUGCGUAUUCCGUAAGCGCACGAGACAUUUACGUUCCGAUCACGUUCUCAUCGUGGUUUGUAUCUCGCUUCCGAGCAGGUCUGAGCUCGCGGGUUCGUUUCCCGUCAACAGCUUCAAAGAAUCCAGAAUGACGUCGGACCGAUGAUCUCGGCGCGAAGAACGAGUUCCCGUUAUAGCUAGAAAUGCGGCACAUCUCUGAGGACCUCGGACUCCGCCUACUGUCCGUUAUGUUGCUUGUCAUGCUUGACCAAUCGAGUCGUUUCUGCCCCCGAGAACAGGUUAGAGUGAGUAAAACUCCCUCGAGCACUUAACACGCUCCCCCGUGAAUGUAAAGCCGACACGGUUGACCGUUUUCACGUCUGCGUGAAGAAUAAAGGCGGGGGGGAGGGGGGGGGAGUACCGUUAUUUUUUUUUUUUUAUCCUGAUAGGGAAAUUAAAAAUGUUAUUCUAAAAGUGUGCUUACUUUAUCUGGGAUUAGAUUUAAACCCAUAAUUUCAUACCAGAUCUGAAAUCGUCUAUCGCACAUCCACAUCUGUUCACCUCUGACUGUUUUGUGGUUCGAAGUGAUCCGAGUAUUUUUCUAUAGAGUUCAUGUGUGAACGAAGCCGCGAGUGCCGUGAACGUGUUACUCAUACUGUACUAUUUUUUAUUUUAUUUUUUUUUAAACAGAGCUCCUAACGGUAAGGCACGACUAUCUAUAAACCUACACCGUCUAUCGGACACGCCAUCCUAGAGUCACGUGCUUUUUAUUUAUACUGGCCUGAGCACUUUUCAUGUUAAAGCGCCGCGUCCAGGUCUGCAUGUUUUAUAAAACGCUGUAUCGUUUGACGAAUAGAACGAAACCUGUAUGUAGCCUCUGUGGUUUGAAGAACCUGUAUAACAUUUGCUUAUUUUUGUAAACAAUAAAUAAAAGUAAUCUAUAUAGCUGUGAAAUGUAGUUAUGGAAGUAAAGUUUUAAUAUAAAAAAAAA